AGUGCGAGGGCGGAUCAAUGUGGACGACGACGUGUUUCUAGUCAACGGAAAGAAUUGUUCUUUACUUAUUGCUGUUUCUAUGGAUUCUUUUGGAUAUUUUGCACGUUUUCAUAUGAUUUACGAAUGAAUUAAAUAGAUCUUCAAUUAAACAAUGAGUUGGGGUGUGGAUCUUUGGGAUCAAUAUGACAAUCUAUCAAUACACACUCAUCGAGGAAUUGAUUUUUUAGACAGAUAUGGACAAUUUGUUAAAGAAAGAUGCAGUAUUGAACAUGAAUAUGCUUACAAACUCAAAAAACUUAUCAAAAAUCAUUUACCAAAGAAAAUUAAUGAAGAUGAGUAUUACAAAUUAUCUUCAUGUCAGGCAUUUAUGCAGAUGACAAAAGAAAUUAAUGAUCUAGCUGGUCAACAUGAGCUUAUUGCAGAAAAUCUUACUACUUCAGUUGUAAAAGAAAUAACAGUUCUUGUUAAGGAAAUGAAAGAUGAAAGAAAAAAGUAUUUACAUGAAGGUGCUAAACUUCAAAAUACAUUACAGAAUUCAAUUGCUCAGUUAGAAAAGGCAAAGAAAAUAUAUGAAAAAGCUUUCAAAGAAGCUGAAAAAGCACAAGAUAAUUAUAUUAGAGCAGAUGCAGAUAUUAAUUUGUCUAGAGCAGAAGUUGAAAAGGCAAAAUCAUUAGCAACUAUGAAAAGUCAGCUUUGUGAAGUUACGAAAAAUGAUUAUGCUGAUCAUCUACAGAAGACUAAUGAAUGGCAAAAAUUACAUUAUUCUGACUAUUUGCCAAAAUUAUUUCAGCAAUUACAAGAUAUGGAAGAGAGGCGGAUAGCUUGCAUCCAGAAUUUUAUGAAACAAUCUGCUGAUGUUCAUAAACGCGUCUUGCCUAUUAUUAAUAAAUGUUUGGAUGGAAUGAUAGACUCAGCAGAAAGUAUUAAUCCUAAAAAUGAUUCCGAGAUGGUUUCAGAUAUGUAUAAGACUGGACUCUCGCCACCGGAAGACAUUCCUUUUGAAGAUCUCAGUAAUAUGAAAAUAUCCGACCAGACAGGAAAUGGUCAUGCCAUACAAUAUAAUAAAACAGACACUAUUAAGGGAACGGUUUCGGCUGGAAAACUGAAAAAACGAGGAGGAAUUUUUGGCAUUUUCAGUUUGAAUAAGAAUAAUAUUGAUGAAUGUAAGGAUGAUUGUAGCGAUUUGCCGCCAAAUCAGCGGAAAAAGAAACUACAGCAGAAAAUUGAUAAUUUAAACUUACAAAUUCAACAAGAAACAGGAGCCAGGGAUGCUCUUAUGAGAAUGAAAGAUGUGUAUGAACAGAAUCCUUCAAUGGGUAAUCCUUUAACUAUAGAAGGUCAAUUAGCAGAAAACGGACAUAACUUAGAAAGACUUCGGUUAGAAUUACAAAAGUACCAGGGUUACUUGAAUGAAGCAGAUGGGAAAACACCUCCGGUUCAAAGAAGACAUAGAAGUAGCCUCUCGGAAGAUUCAUUAUCAAGAAGUGCUUCAGAUUCUAGUGUCAGCAAUCCUUAUGUAAACAGUAACAAUAAUAGAAAUCACAAUCCAGAUGCAAAUACUUUAACAACUCAUGGUAGAAGCUCCAAUAGCCCGGAAAGUGGAAUUGGAAUGAGUCGAGCUAGUUUGCCGGAUGAAGAAGAAGAAGACGAAUUUGAUGACUACGGCAAUGAAUUUGAUUCUGAGCCUCUACCGGUUAUAGGCACUGCCAGGGCCAUUUAUGCAUUUGACUCUCAGAGCGAUGGAUCUAUAUCAAUUUACGAGGGCGAAGAAUUUGAAGUGGUGGAAUUAGAUCAGGGAGACGGAUGGACUAGAGUUCGCAAAAGUAAUUUGGACGAAGGAUUUGUUCCCACUUCCUAUAUUGAAGUGUUUGUUUAUAACAACUGCUAAUCCCUACAGCAGAAAUAUUUUAUUAGUGAAAGAAUUUUAAUAUAGAAUAAUACAUGCCGAAUGGAUUUAUUCAUAAAGAAUGGCAAAGAAUAGUUCCUGUCGACGCAUCUUCGGCCUUUAUAGAUAUAUUUCGAGUUGUACAGACAUUAAAAAGCCGAAGGAAUUUUUUGAAAAUUAGUUGGAUAGUAAAUCAUUUUUUAUACAGUACAGAUCACAUUUUUAGAUGUAUAAAUUUUUUUUCUUGUAUUAUUAUUAUUACUUUUGUUGUGGACACAAUGAUCAAAAGUUGUGUCAAGUGCACAUAAUGUAUAUUUUAUAAUAUGCAAAUUUUUGACUAUAAACUAUUACCGUUUAUAGGAAUUUGAGAAGAUUUUAAGCAAGUGCCUUACAAUUGUUAGCGGUACUUGCAAUAAUGACUGUUAUUUUUCUACAUGAGAAUCAUAUUUUUUAUUUUUAGUUAAUUUCUCCUUCGGUCUCGUCGUGCUUUGAUCGUGUGUAAUUUUGAAAAGCGACCAGCGUUUUUGUGUAACUGCCUUCAUAAUUAUUAAUUCAUCUCAUUACUCUUAACAUAAAAUCUUACAUGUGUAUACUAACCCGCAUCCUUUAAGGACGAACGUCCAAAGCAACCGAAUACGUAUAUGUACCGUACAUCUAGCAUUAAAUUUUUCCAAACAGAAAAAAAUUUCUUUAAUUUUUACUUGUAAAUUGAUUGAUGUAUAUGCAAACAGGACUAUUGUUACAAGACAAAUAAAAGUUAUUUUUGUGCACUAGAUCUUAAAAUUUGCUCAGGUAAUCUGCAACAAUAUAGAAUCACUGUAAAUAUUUUAAUGGCACUACACUAUGCACUCUUACAGAAUUUUCAAAAUUACUUUGUGCCAUUUAUUUAUCAAAAUUUGACAAGUAUUAUGAAAAUUUUCGAGCAGAGUACUUUAUACUCCUGUGAUUAAAAAAACAAGUAUUUUGAUAAAUAACUAUUUUAUAAUUAAAACUAGUUUUCCAGGUAUUAUACCAGUUUACAGUUAAAUUAUAUUAAUCGGAUAUAAAUAGUUAUUUUGUCUGUUUCUAUUCUAUAACAAACGAAAUUAAAUUGUAAUCUAAAAAGCAAUAUUUUUGCCAAUGUUGCUUGUACAUAAAUCUAUGUUUGUGGGGAAUAAAAUUUUAAUCUAAAUGAAUACUGUGU